CUCACAAUACAAGUCCAAAGUGCUGAGUGAUGCUGCAGCGGGCGGGUCCAGGCCGUGAGAGUGGGAGGUGCACGCGGGGCUGCUUAAAUGGAAAGGUCGCGGCUCUUUAGAAGUGGCGCGUGAACAAGUCUUCAGAGGAGCAAGAGGCGAGGCUGGAGCGGUGGACAGGCCGGAGUAUAGUUGACUAAUAACGGGGUGAAUUCGAGAGAGUUCCCGCUCUGCUGCUGUGGAAUACAAACAUCUGGCUGAGGAGGAAUGAGCGGGAGGAGGCUGCAGAUGCUCCGUGAACAUGUUUAACUCUGUUUCCAGCAGCUUGGUUUCCUCCGGGCCUGAUGAUAUUUUCGAGGAGGACUCCUAUUCUCCGUCCUCCCUCUCCUCCUCGUCGUCCUCCUCCGUCCACACUGUGCCCUCCCUGCACGCGCAAACCCUGUGCACCUCCUGCGGCCUGGAGAUACUGGACCGAUACCUGCUCAAGGUGAACAACUUGUGCUGGCAUGUGCGCUGCCUCUCAUGCAGUGUGUGCAAGACAUCACUGGGGCGACAUGUGACCUGCUACAUCAAAGAUAAACAGGUGUUCUGCAAACUCGACUACUUCAGGAGGUAUGGGACCCGCUGUGCUCGCUGUGGCCGCAACAUCCACUCUAGUGACUGGGUGCGAAGGGCUCGAGGCAGCACCUUCCACCUGGCCUGUUUCUCCUGCACCUCCUGUAAGCGCCAGCUGUCCACCGGGGAGGAGUGUGGACUGCUGGAGAACAGGGUCUUCUGCCGGCCGCACUAUGAUAUUAUGAUGGAGAAUAUCAAACGCACUAAGGAAAAUGAGCAACCCAAAGUAGAGGACGAGGCGACGGACAAAGAUGACUCUGGCUCCAUGCCUAGACCCGCUAAGAGGGCCAGGACCAGCUUCACUGUUGACCAGUUACAGGUAAUGCAAACUCAGUUUGCUAAAGAUAACAACCCAGAUGCUCAGACUCUCCAGAGACUGGCAGAGAGGACUGGUCUGAGCCGCAGGGUCAUUCAGGUUUGGUUUCAGAACUGCCGUGCUCGUCAAAAGAAACACAUCAGCCCAAAUUGUGUUUCCUCCACCAUGAUGACAUCACUUGCUCCUGGUCAGCUGACACCACCUUUAAUGGAGGAUCUGCAUUACACAACCUUUAUGACUCCAGACACACCGCUUCUCACUACACUGACUUAUAUGGAUGUCCAAACUCCAGACCCACUUUUGCUUCAGCCACUCAUAUCGCAUUCACUGACACAGCUGCCAGUCAGCCAUGCCUGAGGCCUGAGCCACAGCCCAACUCUGACAACUGAGGAGGAUGAUGAAGAGCAAAUCGUUACUAUAUAAUUAAAAAAAAACAAAAAGAAAAGCUCCCACAAGAUUUGAUGAGUUCAAUUCAUUAACUGUCAAGCAAAUGAGGAGUAAUCAAAUGAUUUAAUUUUCACUGCCUAAUAUGUGAGCGGACACUUUAAAAAAAAAUGUGUGACUGAAGUCACUGAAUUAAUUUAAUUCACUCGUACAGGGAUUCACAGUUGAAAAUGUCAAGUAUAAUAUUGAUGAAAUUAAUAUGUAUGUCAUGAAUUUCUUUAAUUUAUUUGGAAAGUAUAAGAUGAGACACUUUGUUGGAAAAUUAUAUAAAAGUUUUUUGUUUUGUUUUGUUUUUGUUUGUGUUUUUUGAUGUAACUGAGUAAAUGUCAGUUCUGUCAGAAUUAGACGGUUUCUGUGUGUGAAGACUACUAGAAGAUUCAGGAUUGGGUUAUACUGUGUAUUAAAGCCACUGGAGAUGGUACA